UUGGCCAGCUCGCCAGAAUUCAGUCAAUGGGUAGCAGUCGCCGGGCCUCUCGGGCCUCUUCCACCCCGAGUCGGGAUGUGGUAGGGGGGCGAUCCAAAUACUUUGGCUUCAGGGACUUUCUCGAUUAUGCGGAUGAGUGGCUCACCAACUCGCGGCUCGGAAGGCUAUUUCACCUCGAGGGAACAGGGAAGGUAAAAGAAAAUAAUAUCCCCUCUACUUCUUCUCGCGUUUCAGCCGCCAUUAACCAAAGCAACCCCGAGAAAUCACGCUCUACCUUCUUCAGGGAAAUUAGGGCCGGUCUGACCACGUUCGCGACGAUGGCUUAUAUUAUUGCCGUCAACGUAAGCUCCAGUCUCGAAUCGCCGCUUUGUCUACUGAGUUCCGGAUCUGAUGAUUCU